AUGGCUCUCCCAGAGACAAUUCGAGAGUUCCGCACUAGUCACGAUGGCUACCGCCAUCUCAAGCUUCGUGACGCUCCUCUCGAGAAGCCAUCAGCGAACGAAGUCCUCAUCAAAAUUCACUCUGUAUCUCUGAACUACAAAGACCUUAUCGUCACAAACAGCACAUACAAGGGGUGGAAAGACGACGUCGUCCCGGUCUCCGACGCCGCAGGCGAGAUCGUCCUCCUCGGUGCAGGCGUCGUGGGAUGGACCGUCGGCGAGCGCGUCUGUGCCCAAAUUGCGGUCGUUGAGCACAACGGAGACAUCACUCCCGAGUCGACCGCAAGUGCUCUGGGAGCGGGUGUCGACGGCGUGCUGAGGGAAUAUGCGUGCGUCCCGGUUCAUGCGCUCGUGAGGUUCCCGGAGAACCUGAGCUAUGACGAAGCGUCGACUCUUCCGUGCGCCGCCUUGACAGCGUACAACGCGCUCUUUGGCCUCAAGGCGCUCAAGAAGGGAGACUCGGUCCUUCUCCUGGGCACCGGAGGUGUAUCAAUCUUCGGCCUGCAGCUCGCAGUAGCCGCAGGCGCGACCGCCAUUAUCACGUCCUCGUCGGACGAGAAGCUCGAGCUCGCGAAGCGGUUAGGCGCUAAACAUACGAUCAACUACAACAAGACGGAGAGCUGGGACGAGGAGGUCCUGAAGAUCACCAACGGGCGGGGCGUGGACCAUGUCGUGGAGGUUGGCGGCACCGGGACUAUCGCGAAGUCCGCGAACGCUGUCCGUUAUUCGGGUUGCUUAGACUUGAUCGGCUUCGUUGCCAAGGGCGAGCACCAGAUUCCGAGUUCGCUGGGCGGACACCAAAUUCCGCUGGGUGUGGCCAUUCUGAAGGCGCUGGUCAUCCGUGGAAUUAUGCUCGGUUCUGUGACGCAGUUCGAGGCAAUGAAUCGGUUUAUCGCUGAGCAUGAUAUACACCCUGUGGUCGAUAAGGUGUUCACUUUCGAAGAAGCGGUCGACGCGUUUGCGUACCUUGAAUCCCAGAAACAUGUAGGGAAAUUAGUCAUAAGGUUAGCACGGGACUAAAGCAAAGUCUGGGUGUCGACGCAAUGCACUGCAACUUGAGCAUGUUCGCGUUGAUGACCUUGUAUGCUGUGGAACCGACCCACCUCUUUCGAUGGACUCUCUCAAAGCCUGAAGCGCGCGGCAGUGUAUAAUAACCAGCAACAGUAUAUAUAACCCUUACUGAACCAAC